AUGGAUGUUGAUCAAGAACUGGUAGAAAGGUUUAAGGAGAUUUGUGCAGUAGACGAUUCUAAAGCUCGACAAUUUUUAAUUCAUUGCAAUGGAGAGUUGGACUCUGCAGUUCAUCUUUUCUUCCAGACAGGAGGAAUUAUUGGAGUUCAAGCUGAAGAGUUAUUCCAACAAAAUGAAUUAAGAAGGAGAAAUGUACAGCAAAGCAAUGUUAGUUCUGAUAGAGAGAGUAGAGGUAUAGUACCCAGAAGGCAACCUAUGGGAUGGUUAGAGUGGCUAUUAGCCGUAGCCUCAAUUCCUUUAAGAAUGACUUUUUCCGCAAUUCGUGAUGUUCUUUCAUUUUUCUUUGAUGCAAUAGCGGGGCGAAGCGUACCUAGCGUAAUCGAUCCUAAGGGAGAUGUGGAUAGUUUUGUCAAAAAGUAUAAUGAAGAUUUUUCUGAAAAAACAGAUCAACUGCUCUCGUUUUCUACGUCGACUUAUGACGAGGUCUUGAAAGAAUCUAUGAGAUCUUUACGUAUGCUUCUGAUAUAUGUACAUGAUUCGAGUCCGAAAGGAAACGAAUUUGUCGAGAAAAUAAUGCACGGAGAGCAGUUCCGACAAUUAGUUCUGGAGAAAGAUUUAAUUUUGUGGGGUGUUUCUUCUCAUUCCGGCCAGGCUUCUAGUUUAGCACAGUCACUCCGACCAUCUGGAUAUCCACAUUUCGCUCUUCUUUGCGUGAAAGGCGCAAAUAAGAUGACUCGGCUUGUUCAUUUCAAUGCUGCUGGGAAAGAUGAUGACUUCGUUUGCAACAAUCUUCGUAUUGCGAUCGAGUAUCACGAAGCUCAGUUGAACAUUUUACGACUUCAAAAAGCUCAACGAGAGGAAGAUCAACGUAUUCGAGCCGAACAGGAGAGAGAGUAUCAGGAGAGUGCAGCUAAAGACCGUGCUCGAAUUCAAGAAAGAAAGCGGUUGGAAAGCGAGAAAGCUGAUGCAGAGGAGAAGGAACGACGUUCACAGCUUGAGGCUGAGGAACGGAAACAUGAAAUAUCCAUGCGUCGUGACGCUAUACGUGAGAGUCUUAUUGGUCACGAAGAAGAAGUCAAACCUGAACUGGAUAGUGUUCGUGUUCAAGUUCGUUAUCCUUGUGGUGCUCGUUUGGAUAAGACUUUCACAAUUGAAGACAGUUUAGAGAAACUUUUCACUGCUAUAUUCAUUCACGAAAAAUGUCCAGAUUUCUUCACUGCUCAUACGACUUAUCCACGGAAAGAGCUUAUCUGCGCUCCUGAUUGGUAUCAUGAAAUAAAAUUCGUUCAUCUUAGUGCAGCUGGGGAUGCUCCUGGAGAUUUCAUAGAACCCAAAUCAUUCAAAGAAGAGGGGUUUGAAAAGUCACUAGUUGUGAUGAUUCACGACUGCGAAGCUUGA